AUGGAAGAACAAGUGGAUCGUCUGGUUGAGAAGACCUGGGCAAAAUAUCAAAACACUCCUCCAGAUCAGAGACUAUUGAUAGCUGUCUCUGGAAUUCCGGGAUCUGGCAAAACCACACUCGCCCUUACAAUAACCACCCGUCUCAACGCCCUCCACACCACCCUCCACGGAAAGACCACCUCUCCACCACCAGCAACAUUCGUCCCAAUGGAUGGCUACCACUUCCCCCGCUCCGAGCUCGACAAAUUCCCAGAUCCGAAGAACGCACAUGACAGACGAGGAGCGGCAUUUACUUUUGACGGCGAAGCUUUCCUGAAAUUAGUCCAACAAAUCCGAAAACCCAUCACAAAAACCACACCACCAAUCCACGCACCGUCCUUCGAUCACGCGUUGAAAGACCCAGUGUAUGAUGAUAUUCCCAUCCCGCCUACAGCGAGGAUAGUAAUCUUUGAAGGGAAUUAUCUGUCGCUGAAUACGGAACCGUGGAGUCAGGCUGCGGCGUUGAUGGAUGAGCUUUGGUUUGUAAAUGUAACCUUCCCAGUAGCAGGUGCACGUCUUGUUCCACGACAUGUAAAAGCUGGAAUAGCACCCACGGAAGAACUAGCGUGGAAGAGGGUAAAUGAGAAUGAUCUGGUUAAUGGUCAGGAGAUUGUAGAUAACAGGCUUGAGGUUCAUGAAGUGAUUGAGAGUAAGGAAGAUGAUUCGUGGAAGCCUAGUGGGAUUUAG